AUGGCUCCACAAAAGGUCCCUAUGCAACCUGCUUAUGCUGCCGCCUAUGAGGCCAGCGUCGCUCAAAAAAUGCUUCAAAAGCACAUGGAUAUCAAGCAAGUGCGAGAAAAGUAUGAUGAAGAAGGAAGAAAGGGAGCUACAGGAUUACCACCCAUUGUCGAAGAGUUCAAGGUGAUUGAAUACAAUGGUCGCUCAGUGCCUACGUAUUUCUACCGACCACCUGGAACCGAGAAAGAAUCAAUCCCUGUUGUCGUUUACUAUCAUGGUGGAGGACACACAUUUGGCUCUCGACACUCGCAUCUUCAAAUCAUCAAUCACCUUGCCUUACAAUGCAAUGUAGCAGUCGUCUUUCCCGAAUACAAGCUUGCACCCGAAUACAAGUUCCCUAAUGCACACGAGGAUUGUUUUGCAACGUUGUUGUAUGUGUUGGAGCAAGGUAGUAAGGAGCAUUGCUUGGAUACCAACAAGCUUGCUGUUGCUGGUGACAGUGCUGGUGGCAAUUUGUCGGCAUCCAUGUGCUACUGGGCCAAGGAACGUGGAUUACCAGCUGAUGCCAUCAAGACACAAGUGCUUAUUUAUCCCUCCCUUGCACCCAUCCCAUUCGAAUUCCCUUCAAGAGACGAAUUUGGCGACGGUGAUUAUCCCAAUGCUCGUGCAGACUUUUUGUUUUAUCGCACUUCCUACUUUGGACAAGAACAGCCCAAGCUUGGCUAUCCGUUUUUGCAGACUGUUGAAGACAUGAAGGGUCUUCCACCCGCUUUGGUACUUAGUGCCGAAGCAGACUUUUUGCGUGAUGAAGCUGAAGAACAUGCUCGCAAGUUGAUUGCUGCAGGUGUUCCAACAUCAUGUUUCAGAGUCCUUGGUGCCGUUCACGGAUACAUCACUUCCCUGCCAGAGGUUCCAAGCUACAAGCAAUCGCUUUCUCUUAUCAAAUUCCAAUUGCAGGAUACCUUUAGCAAAUUAAAGUAG